CCCCUCGUUAUAAAGCACAAAACACAACCCUCUGAAUCCCCCUCGCGUAGCAUGGUAGCAACAUCAUUGUGAUCCAAGAAAAGUCCAUGCCAGUAGUGCAUAUUUGUUUAAGCACAAUCAAUCCCAUAGCUCUAAAUAACAUCUAAGGCCAAGGAUGUCUCGCAGUUGCUCACAGUGUGGAAAUAAUGGCCAUAACUCUCGGACAUGCAGGGAGAGUCCUGCUGCUGCUGGUCCUAUUGGUGGUGGCGCCGCCUCCUCUUCUGCCGCCACAGGAGGAGAGAAUGGUAUCAUGCUUUUUGGUGUCAGAGUCACUACUGAAGGUGCCUCCUUUCGAAAGAGCGUUAGUAUGAAUAAUCUUUCCCAGUAUGAGCCGCAGCCUCAGGACCCCAACGCUGAUGUUGCAGCCGGUUAUGAAUCUGACGACGUCGUUCACGCCUCAGGCAGGAGCCGCGAGCGAAAGAGAGGGGUGCCAUGGUCUGAGGAAGAACACAAGCUUUUCCUGUUAGGGUUGCAGAAAGUAGGGAAAGGAGACUGGAGAGGAAUUUCAAGAAACUUUGUGAAGACACGUACGCCUACCCAGGUGGCUAGUCAUGCUCAAAAGUACUUUCUCCGGCGAAACAACCAAAAUCAUCGCCGCCGCCGCCGAUCUAGUCUCUUUGACAUCACCACUGAUACAUUCUUGGGUUCAUCAAUGGAAGAAGAGCAAGUCCACCAAGAAACUGCAACUGUACCACUGCCACCACAGCCACACUUCAGCAAUACUCUUGUAGGAUUCCCCAUGUCAACUUUCCCAGUAUCGCUUAGCCCUGCAGUAUUAGAGGUUGCCGGCGACAACACGAUGGAGAACCUCUCAUUAGGAUCAAGCAACGCCAAACUGAAGACAUCACCGAAGCUCAUUCGUCCAAUACCAAUUAUUCCAGUUCCUCCAUCUUCAAAAAUGGCUGAUCUUAACUUGAACCAGAAGAGUCCUACCAUAGAACCCGUACCACUGUCACUGAAGCUCUCUACUCCUUCCUCAGAAGAGCAGUCGCCGGCGGCAACGACAGCGACAGCGACAGCGACACACUCUUCAACUUUUCAGGCCAUGUCAGGUGGAGACAGCGUCAUUAGUGUUGCUUGAAGAAUAUGUUGUGCAUAUGGGGUGGGGCAGGAGCUGUAAAGGUGUUGUUUAAUCGCUGUAGAAAUAGAACAUAUGUGAUUAGCUAAUAAUUAAAAUGAGAAGGGAAAGGAUUAAUUAGGAGAAAAAUAGCUAGGCUGAUUAUUAUUAUCAUUAGAUUAUUACUAUUAGGUGAUUCCUUGUUUGUACAGGUUGAGGGGAAGAAAAUAAAAAGAAGAUGGGACGUCGUUUUCUUUUGUGGGGAAGACAUAUUGGAUUCUUGUUUAUUUGUCUGCAUCCUUUUUGCGGUGAAGUGAUAGAGGAGCACCCAGUACUCUUUGAAUUCAAUUUGGCCUUCUUCUCUAGCUAGCUAGCUGAUCGGUGUUGUUUCAGGACUCUCAACAAGGAAACAAAAUAUCUGACAAAGCUUAUAAUUAAAUAUAUGCUACUCCGUUUUUAUGUGAA